CUACGUGGAGUGGGAGCACGUACUCGGUUGCGCAUGUUCGCCUCUUCGAAUGUCACUCGAGGGAGCCACCGUUCCAGAGAAGUCGAUCAUCAGUGUUGGUGUUCCCGUUAUGCUGUUUCAAUUGUUUGCCAUUCGUUCCUAAGUGGGACCCAGACAUAAAAAAAGCAAAAGAAAAAGGUCAAUUUAUGAAAUGCUUGUGCGAUCGUAAACAAUUUGACAGUGACCGCGACCGGACGGCAGUUAGCCAGCGACAAACGAUUCGGAUGGGCCUUCGGAGCCCCUGAGCCAUCCAACAACACCUUUCAUUCUAGAAUCUACGGAUAACAGAAGAAAAACAGCAUGUCUACCACGGAGCCGAACGUGACGGAAAGGACGAUAGUGGCGUGGAGCGGUCCUGGUUCCGGGAUUUUCCUCCAGACGAAACUGGCCCAGUGGAUGGCCGGUGUGGCCGUCUGGCUCGCUCUCUUCCUCACCUGCCACCAAAUCUAUAAGCAUUUACGCUGGUAUACAUACCCAUCGCAGCAGCGGUGGAUUAUCCGAAUCCUAUUUAUUGUACCUAUAUAUGGAUUGCAUUCCUGGGUUAGCUUGCUUUUCUUCAACAAGGACAACUAUUAUAUCUACUUCUUUACUGUUAGAGACUGCUAUGAAGCUUUUGUGAUUUACAACUUUAUGAGUCUGUGUUACGAGUACCUCGGCAACGAAGGUAACAUCAUGAGUGAAAUACGCGGGAAGCCUAUCAGGUCGAGCUGCACGUACGGGACGUGCUGCCUCUCCGGGAAGACUUACACGAUUGGAUUUCUGAGAUUUUGCAAGCAGGCCACUUUGCAGUUUUGCUUUGUGAAGCCCGUUAUGGCCUUAGUGAUAAUUCAGCUUCAGAGCAUGGGCUUAUACCAUGAUGGUGACUGGAGUCCAACUGGAGGGUAUUUAUAUGCGACGAUAAUAUACAAUAUUUCCGUGAGUCUGGCUUUGUACGGGCUUUUCCUUUUCUACUUCGCCACAAAGGAUAUGCUUACACCUUUUGACCCUGUUGUUAAAUUUUGCACCAUCAAGUCCGUCAUCUUUCUUUCAUUUUGGCAAGGUGUACUUCUGGCCGUUUUGGAGAAAGCGCAAGUGAUCGACUCGAUCAUUGACACUCACGGGACCACGACCUCUGCAGGAACAGUCUCUGCGGGCUACCAGAACUUCUUGAUAUGCAUUGAAAUGUUUUUCGCUGCUCUUGCACUUAGGGCGGCUUUCCCAUAUUCCGUCUACACGGCAGAGACUGGCCGAACAGUCACAAUGCACAGUAUUUCUAGUAGCCUCAAGGAAACGAUGAACCCUAAGGACAUAAUGACAGAUGCUAUCCAUAAUUUCCAUCCUCAGUAUCAACAAUAUACGCAGUAUAGCUCAGGUUCCCACUCUCAACGUGGUAUACGAGUAAGCACAUACGACCCCGAAGAAGCCCCACCGCCCGGCUGCCAGAUCCAGCGAAAAAACCCCGGAGGUCAGAAAGUGGCAACAAUCAGCCACGGUUACAACGAGAAAACGAUGCUCCUCAGCUCCGACGACGAAUACCAGUAGGGCAGGGUAAAAAGAACAAAUUUUCUGUCCAGUGAAAAUUUUUACAAGGUACACCUGUGUUUUUCAUAACCAGUCAAAACAAAAAAAUUAUUGUGAUCAACGUCAAUUUUUUGUUUUUUAAAGCACACAAGGAUGACAUUUUUAUUCUGGAGCUUAUUUUUAAUUUAGAGUAGGCGAUACUUAUUUCCUCCCAUGAGAAAUUUGAAGAAGUUUUGAUAAAAAAACAUUAGCAUCUGCAGCUUUAUACUUAUUGACACGAUCACAAUAAAUACACAUCGUUCUAAGCUAAAUUGUUUAUCACAAUGUCAAAAAAGUAGAUAAAACAAAUAAGAGGGAAAGAAAUUAGGCGAUGCUUAGGAUCAUACUUCAUGUGCUUUUAUUUUUUAUUUAUUUUUUCUAAAGCAUAAGCUUGUAUAUUUUCAGUCUUAACGAUGAAGCUUUUUCCUUAUUUAUCUGUAUAUAAAUGCUUGAUGUGAUGCAACUAGCUAACCCACCGUUAAGUUUUAAGAUAAAAUAAAGAAAGAAAAAAAAGAAAGAAAGCGACAAGAAAACCCAAAUUGAUUUGUUGAUUAUUUCACUCAUUCAAAACUUAGGUUUGAUUUAUCAGUUGAUUUUUACCAUAAAUACCGUAUGACCAUAAAACGAUGGAAUUUUAUAUUGUAAAUACAUUUUUUUGACAUUGUGGCGAACAAUUCUUUUUCUAUUCUAGUCUACAAUAUUAAAAAAAAGAAAAUUAAAUAUAAUUUAACUUUAAUACCUUGCUAUUCAUAUGAUAAUUAUUAUAUAUAAUAAAAAAGACAAAAUAUGUAAAAAAAAAUUUAAAAAACACGGUUGUGACCAAAAAUUGAAAAAAACCAUUAAAUAUUGUAGCCUUUGCUAAUUUGAAAAUGUUACACGUUUGAACGUUUGAGUAAAAGAGUCAAUAUUGAUCAUAGGUUUACGAGUCGCCUGAUAUUGCUGUGAUGUGUUCCUUCGACAGUUUUUAUACUUUAUACAAUAUAAAAGAAAUUGUUUAUUGAUUAGAAAUUUAUUUUAUCGUUAUAUUUUCUACAAGUACAGUAGUCCUUUAAUGUUAGAGGUUAGGUUAAUUUCUUCUGUAUCUUCAGCGUAUUUGAUUUUUCCCCCAGUAACAACACAGAAAUUAUACCACUUCAUAUGGAUGAUAGGGGUUAAGAGAAAUCAGCCGAUGCUGGCACUCAAUACGAGGCCAUUGUCUUUUAAACCGACUUAGAAUGUUCUCAGGAUAAGAAAGUGCAGAGAAAGCAUUGGCAGUAUGGUUAAGACAGAAUGAAAAGUUGAUAUGGAACUUUUGGACAUGGGAAAAGAACAGCUUGUUGACAAAAGUAACAUUGAGAUGGUGUGGGUUGACAAUUGGAUGCAUUGGUAUUAUAUGUAAAGACGUCUUGUUUCAACAAUUAUAACAGAUUUUGGCCUUAAAAGUGGAUAGGAUACAAGUUAUAAAAGGAUUGUAGUGUCAGUGGUAAUGAUGGUAUCUUGUGUGACGGACGGGAUAGGACUCAGAAUGUACCCUUAAGGGAUACCAGCUUUUAUUGGCUUGAUAUCAGAGUUGGAGUUGGACUCUAAAGACCCUGAAGCAGCGGUUAAAUAAGAUUCUAGGCUGGUCCAUUCAGCAUUUUUUGGUCUUGUCUCAAUAUUUUGUUUGAAGAGUUAGAGCAAAUGUUAAAGGAUUACUGUAAGUUUUUUUAAUCUCUUAUGCCUUUUAGUUUUUCUCUCUAUAAAUUCUCAGAUAAAAAAAUGGAGUAUCAGGCGUAAAAAGAUUUUUAAAAAAUUGUCCGCGAGCCGUUAAAGCGGUAAAGAACAAAGACAGAACUGAGUGCAAUAUUUUAGAUCAAAAAAAUGUAGGUGUAAAAUAAUGUUUGUCCCAGCGAAUUCGAGCAGAUUGCUAAAAAAAGAAGACACUCUUCUUUUCACGAUUCGCUCUUAGAUCCUCGGCUUAUCUGGCCGACAAGAAAAGUACUUAAAGGGACGAUGGUUUGUGAUCCCAAGACAAAAGUAGUGAGUCAUUUUUGAGUUAAAUUUUCGGUCAAAAGGGAAAAAACUCCCAUUAAUUUGAAAUAGGCUACAAAUUAUGUUUUAAAAAUCUUUCCUAGAGAAAAGGUGGUUGUUUAAUCUAUCUUCCUUAAUAAAUAUACCAAAGUUAAUAUAAAAAAAGAAAAACCACGUGUAAGUGUUAAGUGUUAAACCAAAUAUAA